UGAACACUAGUGACAAAAUUUUCUAAUAUAUAUUGAAACUUUUCUUCUUUUAUAAUUACAUCUAUGAUCUAUCACUUUCAAUAAUUUUCUUCUCUGCGAUUUUCACACGUAAUCGAGAUUGAAAGUUUGGAACCUUUCUUUUAUUCAACGUUAUUUAUGAAACAACUACUUGAAAGUGAUAUAUGAAUCAUUAUUCAUAGUCAUACUAGAUGGGAACAAAAUCUGGUAACUAGAUUUUUCAUAAAGGUAAAUCUGUAUUUCUAAAAAGGGAAAUGAUAGAACAACUUAUUAGCGAAAGGUGUUCAUUAUGGUGAUUCUAGGUAGGGUGGCUGUUAUGGAUCCGCCAGAAGUUCUAAUAACAAGACCGAUCUAAUUCGGGAGGGUUCAGUCCAAUACACUCUCAUAUAUAUCAAAUUGAAAGUAGAUUGUAUCACAUGUAAAUUUGGAUAUAUCUUACAGAGGUUAUGUUGGCCAAGCUUAGUGCGGAUAUGUUGAACGAUCAAGUCAAUUGCUACACGAUUAUCUCCCCCACGAGACAAUAAAUGCGGUAGGAGUAACGAUUGUAAAGUAGACAUUCAAUUCAUAAAGAUUAUAAAUUGUGUAGCAAGCAUGGAUAAUGGUGAAGAUGCUGAUGAUGUCGGGAGGAACAAUGGUAGUUAUGUGGAUAAUGAAGAAGGAAAAGAGGAUUUGGAUGAUUACAAAGAUAUAGGUGAAAUCUCAGAUGAUGAUAUAAGAGAUAUGAAAUUUGAAUCAGAGAAAAAAGCUUGUGAGUUUUAUGAAACAUAUGCAGAAUAUCAUGGGUUUGCGGUAAGAAGAGAUGAGAUUGACUGUGAUUUCAAAAAAAAUAUUAUUAUGCGCCAAUUAGUUUGUAAUAGAGAGGGGAAAAGACAUAAGAAACAUAUGUUAAGGGUGGAUCGACAUAGGGGGCCAAGGCCAAUCACUCGAACAGGUUGUCUUGCUCGGUUACGUGUGGCAUAUGAUGUAGUGACUAGAAGUUGGAGAGUUGUUGCAUUUGAAUCCGCUCAUAAUCAUAAGUUAACUCCACAGCGGUUUGUUCAUUUUAUUCCUAAGUAUCGUCGACUGAGUGAAGCUGAUAAAGCGCUUGUUGAUGGCUUGCAUACAUGUGGUGUUAGAACAUGUCAUAUUUUGGGUUUUAUGUUGGGUCAGAAAGGUGGUCAUGAAGAUUUGGGAUUUAUCAAGAAGGACCUAUAUAAUUAUUUUAGUAAUGGAGCCAAGGCUAAAAGAGAAAAUGGAGAUGCUUUUGCUGCUUUGUCUUAUUUACAAGCUAAAGCCGACAAUGAUCCGAUGUUUUUUUCGAAGUUUACCACAACAGAGGAUGGCCGUCUACAAAAUUUAUUUUGGUCAGAUGGAACUAGCCGAUUUGACUUUGAAUGUUUUGGUGAUGUGGUUGCAUUUGACACGACCUACAAAAAGAACAGGUACAACAAACCCUUUGUUAUUUUUUGUGGGUACAAUCAUCAUGGUGAAACUACAAUAUUUGGGUGUGCUUUAAUUUCAGACGAAAAGACAGAGACAUAUAAGUGGGUUUUAAAUGCCUUUUCUGAAGCAAUGUUCCAUAAAUGUCCAAAUGUAUUUGUUACUGACGGAGAUGGUGCGAUGCGGGAAGCUAUUAGAGUUGAAUUUCCAAAUGCGUCACAUCGCCUCUGUUUAUGGCAUUUACAUCAAAAUGCUAUUGAGAAUGUCAAGAAUUCAAAGUUCCUAGAAGAGUUUAAGUGA